AUGAAUAGUUUGCGGGACAUUUUCAAACUUCUGGAGCAUGAAAGUAAUUCUUCCUAUGCAAUCUUAAAUAGAAGCGUGGCUGAUUACAAUGUUAGGUAUAAAGUGAGUCAUUUUGCCAUUGAUUUACGAUUAAAAUCCCGUUUUCCUAGUUUCCCGUUGAAUACGAUGACGGCCAAAGACAUAUUCAGUUAUGGUUACCAUCACUAAUUAUUUUAAUAGCCACAAUAAUUGGAUAUUUUGGGAAUGGAUUGAUUGUCGCCGCGUCUGUAAUCAAUCCGUAAGAAUUCAAAUGAAAUAACAUCGUCAUCGGGUAUAGCAAACUCCAAGGGUCUUGUAACAUCCUUCUUGUGAUGACAGUCAUCGCCGAUUCCAUCCAUAUGACUUCGCAUUGGUAUUACUUUUACAUUGUCACCAUCUCUGCCGACAACUUUAUCCCUUAUUCCGAGUGUCUUAAAUUUAAUCUGAUCCCCCAGUUCUUCUUGAUUUCUGGUGUUGUUUUCACAUUGUUCGUGGGAUUGGAUCGUCUUUACGCAGUAACUUUUCCCAUUUCGUACAAUACAACUUCUAAAGCACAGUUGUUAACUGGCUGUGUUCUUGUUUCUUUAAUCUGUUCUUCGUAUUUUACAGCCAUUUCUUUGAAUGAUUUACGGGAAUCUGGAGGGCAACGGUAAGUCUUCGUUUUUUCUAGUACGUUAAGUUCCGUUACAACCAUUACUACAACAUGCAGAUUCCUGGGAAUCUAUGUGUUUAUAUAUGUUUAUUUCCAGUCGAGUUCUUUGCAUUAUCAUCCAGAGUUUGGGAGGCCGUGCGUACACAGAUUUCUUCCACUUCUCUUUCGCCCUCACAGUUGCUGAUCUCAUCAUUUAUUCUGGAGUUUGGCUGAGAUUAAGAAAGUCUUCUUUAUCAAUCAGCACCUCAAAUGCGGACUUUAAAGUUUUUAAAUCACUGUUUGUAAUCAUCUUAUUAGUAGCUGUUGGAUGGUUUGUGAAUGCGUCCAUGAUGAGUUUAGUGGUGCCCCAUUUGGUGGAUGAUGAUUACAAUUGCAUCGUAUCCGCGUAUUUCGGGGUUUUGGUUAAUGUGGCUGCUUCUCUAAGUGUCUUACCAUUGUAUCUCUACAGGUAAUCAAAUUUUAAUUUUUUUUUAUGUAUAAUCCCGUACUAUUGUAGUCAUGAAUACCGGAAAACAAUUGAUAAAAUCGUCCGAAGAUCCGCCGUAUCCAAAUAUCAGAUAUCUCCGUUAUCCGGCUCCUCUUCUGAUGAUGUAAACAACUAA